GGGGGGUUUCCAGCUGCCUGCCCAUCCCUGGGCUCCAGCCUAGAGCGUGCAUGAGAGGUGGGGGGCCCGGGAACCCACAAAGCUGAGGAGCCCUGGGAGAGCCCGGAAGCUGUCUUCUCCCCCAUGACCGCUUGGACAGCCUGGUUAUAACUCAAGACGGAAUCCCCCUAGAGGGGCCCUGUUGCCCCAGCUGUUUUCUGGGAAGUUGCAAAGCUGAAGGUCAGACCUUCCUCCCUCCACGCCUUCCCUCUACUCUUCUCUUUCCCAACUACGGGUCCUCAGCUGCGGGUGGAUCCUCCCAGUCCUGCUCUGCUGAGGCUCCCAGAGGACAGCAGCAGGCAGGAUGCCCCAAAGCGUGGUGACCGUGAAUGGGGUCGAUGUGGCCUCUACGCUGUCCCAGCGCAGCCACAUCAACAUCCACAUCCACCAGGAAUCAGCUUUGGCUCAACUGUUAAAAGCUGGGGCUUCCCUGAAGGACGUCUUUUCUCACCCUCGGGACGCGGCCCCUUCCAAGGCCAGGAUGAGCUAUGGGCAGCUGACACUGGGGGUGAUCCAGACCCUGCUGGGGGCCGUGAGCUGCGCUCUGGGGGUGCUGCUCUCCUUCGGGCCCUGGACUAAGCUGCGUGCUUCUGGCUGUGCCUUCUGGGCAGGGUCUGUGGCUAUUGUAGCAGGAGCUGGAACCCUCGUCCAUGAGAAGCACCGGGGCAAACUCUCUGGCUGUGCAUCAGGUCUGCUGACGCUGGCCAGUGUCGCCACAGCCGUGGCUGUCCUUGUCCUCUGUGUGAACAGCCUGACCAUGCCAAGUGAUGGUUUCAUUUACAUCGACUCUGCCUGUGACUCCCCAGAUCUUCCCAACACGACUGCUGGGUACAAAGAGAGGUGGCAAAGGACUCGCACAUCAUGGUGGGAUGAAGACAGUUGCAGAGCCUACAUGCAAAUGCUGAUGGAUUUGUUCCUAGGCAUCCAUGCUCUGCUCCUGGCUGUCUGUGUCCUGCAGCUGAUCAUAUCCUUGGCUUCCCUGAGCAUGGGGCUUCGAAGCUUGUGUGGCCAGAGCUCCCGGCCCCUGAAUGAGGAAGGGUCAGAGAAAAAGCUAUUGGGGGAAAGCUCAGUGCCUUCCUCCCCUGCCAAGGAGAAGACUGUGGCUACCAUCAUCCUGUGAACUGCUGCAGAGCCUGCCUGGGCCUCCACAUGCCCCCGGCCAGCGUAGCCCAGGGCCUCUGGAGAGGACAAAGUGCCCUCCCCAUGACUCCUCAGUGCCCUGCCCCUCGCACCUGCCUGUCCUUUGGCCACUGUUCCAGCCUCCUCCUCUUCCCACACCUUCAAUUCAAGGAACAGGUGUUGUCACCUUUUCUCCGAUACUGAUUAAACAGAAACAACAGAAAAAAUAAUUUGGGCCAGAAAAGAGGCGGUCUCCCUUGCUUCUGCUCAUGGUGUGCCAUGAAAAUGCCUUUCUCUGUGCUGAUAUGUUUGGCUUUAAACGUGGGCCAGUUUGCGACUGGAAACAAGGUCCCAGUAAGACUAAAUGUAAUUAUGUUCCACUCUACAUCCCAAGGGGGCAAACUUCCUUCUUACGAUUUCCUUGUGUUCAAAGUAAAGUGAAAGUAACUCUCA